UGCUUUUGCCCAAUCAAGGGUAUCUUUGCCUGAGGUCGUAGCAGAUGCUGUUAGUCCUGGUGAUAUGAUUGCAUAGCAACACAGAGUGGCUCCGAGAGGGGAGGAGGAGGAGGAAAAAGAGGACAGGGAGGUGGGAGAGACAGAGGGAGAGUGUGCUGUACAGCAGCUGUCGGCAUCCCUGUCUCAGGGACUUCUUUGCUGAUUCACAGAGGCAGCCCAGCCCCAGCUUCCCAGCUUCCAGCUGCCGCCUGCUUCUCAGACCUGAUGGAAUCAGAAGGUGCUUAAUGCUCAACAGUCAGUGCACUGCCCAUCCUCACCCCCCAUGAGCCUUGGUUCUGAUGCAACCUAUGGUCAUGCAGGGAUGCCCUUAUACCCUCCCACGAUGUCAUGAGUGGCGGGCAGCUGACCAGUUCCAUCACAGCAGCAGCCUCCGAGGCACCUGCCCCCAGUCUCAGGUUAGAGCUGCCAUCACUACCCCUACGCCUCCUCAGGAUGGUGCUGGGGUUCCCUGCCUAAGCCUAAAGCUGUUGAACAGGUCUGUUGGUGCCACUGGACCCUUAGAGUCACCAGCCAUGAAUCUGUGUUGGAAUGAAAUCAAAAAGAAGUCUCACAACCUCCGUGCUCGCUUAGAGGCCUUCUCAGACCACAGUGGAAAGCUUCAGCUGCCACUUCAAGAGAUUAUUGACUGGCUCAGCCAAAAGGAUGAGGAGUUGUCAGCUCAGCUGCCCCUACAAGGGGAUGUGGCCCUGGUGCAACAGGAGAAGGAGACACAUGCGGCCUUUAUGGAAGAAGUCAAGUCGCGGGGCCCCUAUAUCUAUUCUGUACUGGAGUCGGCUCAGGCCUUUUUGUCCCAGCACCCAUUUGAGGAAUUAGAGGAACCUCAUUCUGAGAGCAAAGAUACCUCCCCCAGACAGAGGAUCCAGAAUCUUAGCCGCUUUGUGUGGAAGCAAGCAACAGUGGCCAGUGAAUUAUGGGAGAAGCUGACAGCCCGCUGUGUGGACCAGCACCGUCACAUUGAGCACACCCUGGAGCAGCUGUUGGAGAUCCAGGGGGCAAUGGAGGAGUUAAGCACUACUCUUACCCAAGCCGAGGGAGUCCGAGCUACGUGGGAGCCCAUUGGGGAUUUGUUCAUUGAUUCACUCCCAGAGCACAUCCAGACUAUUAAGCUAUUCAAAGAAGAAUUCUCCCCCAUGAAAGAUGGAGUGAAGCUGGUGAAUGAUCUAGCCCACCAACUUGCCAUAUCUGAUGUGCAUUUGUCAAUGGAGAAUUCCCGAGCCCUGGAACAGAUCAACAUCCGAUGGAAACAGCUACAGGUGUCAGUUGGAGAGAGGCUUAAACAGCUCCAGGAUGCCCACCGGGACUUUGGGCCGGGGUCACAACACUUCCUCUCCUCCUCUGUCCAGGUUCCCUGGGAAAGAGCAAUUUCACCCAAUAAAGUUCCCUACUACAUCAACCACCAGGCUCAGACCACAUGCUGGGACCAUCCCAAGAUGACAGAGUUAUACCAAACCCUAGCUGAUCUGAACAACAUUAAGUUCUCAGCUUAUCGCACUGCCAUGAAGCUCCGCAGAGUCCAGAAGGCCCUGCGCUUGGACCUGGUAACUUUAACCACAGCCCUGGAGGUCUUCAACGAGCAUGAUCUGCAAGCCAGUGAGCACGUGAUGGAUGUGGUGGAGGUCAUCCACUGCCUGACCGCCUUAUAUGAGCGGCUUGAGGAGGAAAGAGGCAUCCUGGUCAAUGUGCCACUCUGUGUGGACAUGACCCUCAACUGGCUCCUCAAUGUUUUUGAUAGUGGUCGCAGCGGAAAGAUGCGGGCAUUGUCCUUUAAGACUGGCAUUGCAUGCCUGUGUGGCACAGAAGUGAAGGAAAAACUUCAGUACCUCUUCAGUCAAGUGGCCAACUCAGGCAGCCAGUGUGACCAGCGCCACCUUGGUGUCCUGCUUCAUGAGGCUAUUCAGGUGCCCCGUCAGCUGGGUGAAGUAGCAGCCUUUGGGGGCAGCAACGUGGAGCCCAGUGUUCGUAGUUGCUUCCGUUUUAGCACUGGGAAGCCAGUCAUUGAAGCUUCCCAGUUCCUGGAGUGGGUCAACUUGGAGCCCCAGUCCAUGGUGUGGCUGGCUGUUUUGCAUCGGGUCACCAUUGCUGAGCAAGUGAAGCAUCAGACUAAGUGCUCUAUCUGUAGGCAGUGCCCCAUCAAGGGAUUCAGGUACCGGAGUCUGAAACAAUUUAAUGUCGACAUCUGCCAGACCUGCUUCUUAACAGGCAGGGCUAGCAAAGGCAACAAGCUGUACUACCCCAUCAUGGAGUAUUACACACCGACCACAUCCAGUGAGAACAUGAGGGAUUUUGCCACAACCUUAAAGAACAAAUUUCGUUCAAAGCAUUAUUUCAGCAAGCACCCUCAGCGAGGUUAUCUGCCUGUGCAAUCAGUGCUGGAGGCUGAUUACAGCGAGAUGCCGGCUUCUUCCCCAAUGUUGCCACAUGCUGACACACACUCCCGCAUUGAGCAUUUUGCCAGCAGGCUUGCUGAGAUGGAAAGUCAAAAUUGUUCCUUUUUUAAUGACAGCCUUUCCCCAGAUGACAGCAUAGAUGAGGACCAGUACCUGCUGCGGCACUCCAGCCCCAUCACAGACCGGGAGCUGGCCUUUGGGCAGCAGGCUCCAUGCAGCGUGGCCACAGAAAGCAAGGGGGACCUAGAGAAGAUCUUGGCCCACUUGGAAGAUGAGAACCGGAUUCUCCAGGGAGAGCUGAGGCGCCUGAAGUGGCAGCAUGAGGAGGCUGCUGAGGCACCUACCCUGGCUGAGGGCUCCACCGAGGUAGCAGCAGACCAGCACAAUGAGGAGCUUCUGGCUGAGGCCCGGAUCCUUCGGCAGCACAAGAGCCGCCUGGAGACACGCAUGCAGAUCCUUGAAGACCACAAUAAGCAGUUAGAGUCCCAGCUGCAGCGCCUGAGGGAGCUGCUCCUACAGCCACCCACCGAAUCAGAUGGAAAUGGCUCUGCAGGCUCGUCCCUAGCUUCCUCUCCACAGCAGUCAGAAGGCAGUCACCCUCGGGAGAAGGGAGAGACUACCCCAGACACAGAGGCUGCAGAUGAUGUGGGAUCAAAGAGCCAGGAUGUCAGCCUGUGCUUGGAGGACAUCAUGGAGAAGCUCCGCCAUGCCUUCCCCAGUGUGCGAAGUUCUGAUGUGACGGCCAACACCCUGCUGGCCUCUUGAUGAGCGAGAUCCCCAUCCUAUAGUCCAUAGUCCUCUCCUGGUUCUGGUCAAAGCCUUCCCUCAGACUUCACCCAACCUUUUUGUCCCCACUGGCCCCAUGUUCCUCAAGCAGAGUUAUUUGGGCUCUGGGCAGCAGCAGGGAUCUGGUGGUAUGUGAGGGGUAUGUGUUUGGGAGGGGGGUGGUGGGGGAAGGGGAGGCAUGAUUCCUCUAACUCUAAAAUGUUCCCUUUAAUCCUCAAGUUUGAGACCACUCCUUUAAGUACGCUUCUUUUACAACCCAGGCAAACAGCACUUAGCCAUUCAGAUGGAGAGCAGAGAAGCUCUCUUGCCGAGCUAAGUAGUGCCAUUGGCCCCUUUACCUUCUCCAUGGAAUUACGGAGAGGGAGAUGCCUAAUGGCCCCAGGAUUCCAGCAUUAUGAAUCCACAGGCAUUAGCCCUACUCUCUGGGCCAACUCAGGGAGGCAAAAGGGUAUCCCUGAGACACCCCACUCCAGAGUCAGCCCGGAAAAAGUCUGGGCAGUAUGGUCCUAUUACUUCAGCUCCAGGGCAGAUCUUUAGCCAUCCAAUGUUACCUAGAUGUUUCCUCCUUGAAUAUCUUUAAUCCUUCUGCCUCACUACCUGGUAGACCUUUCUCAAUGGGCAAUAGUUCAUUUUGGUUCCUUCUCCCACCUUAUAUUUAGAAACAUUAAAGAAAUUCUUAUACGGCUUUAGAUUUUUUGCCCCUACCCCAAUCCUCCUAUUUCCUGAAGGCCUCGGCAUCCUCAGAGACCUGCUGCAUUGCUCUGGAAACACAGCUGCAGCCACCUUUUGUUCCUCUGAGUUUGCCCUUACAGAUCCCCCGAUGAGUGGCAGCUUGCUCAGGCGUUUUUUUUUUUUUUUUUUGUUUGUUUGUUUUUUGAGACAGAGUUUCACUUUGUUGCCCUCUGUAGAGUGCUAUACUGUCACCGCUCACAGCAACCUUCAGCUCUUGGGCUUAGGCGAUUCUCUUGCCUCAGCCUCCCGAGUAGCUGGGACUACAGGUGCCCGCCACAAUGCCUGGCUAUUUUUUUGUUGUUGUUGCGGUUUGGCCGGGGCCAGGUUCAAACCCGCCACCCUUGGUAUAUGGGGCCAGGGCCCUACUCACUGAGCCCCAGGCGCCGCCCCAGUGGAGGUUCUUGUUCUCCUUAGGUUAGGAAGGAGAAGCUACCCUCUAGCCUGAAGGAGUAGGACUCCCUAUCACUUUUUCAGGCUGCGACCCUUCUAGAUCUUAGGCUUAAUCGGGUGAGGUGGCUAAUUGCCCCCAGAUAAUCAUAAGUCAUUUGCAACAGACCACCUUAAGUAGUAGCCCCUCCCUAGGGGCCACUGACCAUGAAUCAGAAAGAGGGUCACUUUCCACCCAGACAACAGCAAGGCCUUCCUGUGCAUAAAACUGUUCUUUCUAACUGUGGAAAAUGAACCCAAUCCUCACACUGAACUAAUUCUUCCUAGGCAACAUAUACUAUCAUCCCUUUACCUAAAAACUAUUCAGAACAGGUAAUGGGGGAUGAGAGAGUGGGCUUUGAAUAGAUUCAGAGCCCACUUAGGCAGCUUUCUACCAAGAGGAGCUUUAUAACCUGGAGCUCUACAGUCAACUUAGUUUGCCUAAGUUUAUAUACAUACAUAUCUAUUCUACAUAUCUACUGUACAUCAGCGCUCUCCUGGCCUCACUCACAUAUUAAAUUCUAAUACCUCUUGAAGAAUUAAUGUUCUGCCUUGCUCUUUGUUAGUCCCAGCCUCUUGUUGGAAAGAUAGAUGCAUACUGGCUGCUCCUUUAGGAUGUCUCUCUCCAUUGAUGUUUGGGGUGGGCUGACCUCAAGACCAAAGCAGCAGAAGUCUGUGGCCACAGAGGGAAGAGUCACUUUGUUCUCUUCACUCAUUCCAAAUCUUUUCCCCUUGAGACCUGGGCCUUAGAUGAAUUUUCCUGGGUUCCCUUAAACAAUGAUUCAGGUGCCAAAAUAGAGCAAAUGCAAGCUCUGCCCACCCCAUGCAGAGACAGAAGUAACAAAUAUGCCGUUAUUAGCUUCUUCCAGGCUAAGACACAGAGUACAUUCUUAGGACCCUUCCAGUUUAAGAUCUGGCUCAAGGCUUUUUAAAGAAAUCUCCACCAACAUCAGGGGAGAGUGAAACAGUUUGGGUGUUGUGUUAUAAUCAAGCCAUGAGUUAGCCAGUGGGUCGAACUACUGGGAACCUAGAUUGAUCUGCUGCUGGGGAGGUAGAACAGUGGCUUGGGUCCGGAGGUUUAGGGUUGCCUCCUCCCCCUACUCUAAGCCACAGGUCUGGGAUGUCAGACUUCAUAUCGCAACAUCUACUCUAGUGUUCAUGAGGUCUCUGAGUGGGAUAACUGGGUAUCUGGAUAGAUGGUGAGCAAGUGGUAAGUAGGUAUCAGUCAACAUGAGGGCCUAAAUUGUAAGUAGGAAUGUGGGACAGAGGGCUCAGGGACUUUGAGGCAUAUGCCUAUGUGAGCCUUAGGAAGGCAGAUAUUAUGGAACCCUCUCUUACCAGAAAAGCCCUGGCAAGUCCUGUUACCCCCACCCCACCUAAGAGCUCUUGGGCUGCUGAGAACCUGUGGCAAUUGCCGUGGUCCAGGCAUGGUAGAUCUCGUUAUGUAGUAUCCGUGUUGUAGGUGGACUGAAGCAGCAGGUCAAGAGUUGAAUUCUCACUAAGGGAGUCACUGAUACUUUGUGAUUCUGUGUUUACCUUAAUGACCUGAUGUGAGUGUAUCACUCAGGGGUCCAGUGACAGUUACUGAAGCAUGUAUGGGCAGCGUGCCCACAGUGAAGUAAACGGAUCCUUGGGCACUGUGAAUCUGGAUUGGGGUUGGGUUUACUGAAUAUAUUUACUGUAUAUUUUUAGGCAUCUGUUGUGUAUCAUGUUACCUGAAAGCAUUGUGCUUGGUGCUGUGUAGUUCUGGCCCUGCACUGGAAGAGUGAUGAAGGGAGUUGCUCAGUUGGUAGCCUAAGGGAAACCUAUGACUAUAGAAUUAGCAUCAGUGAUAAGGAAUGUGUUUGCUGAGGUUGUUGUCAAAUAGUAUCAGGGAACAGUUAGGACUGACAGGCAAUUUAUUCUCAACAGAAUUUGAUAAAGGCUAAAAGAGGAUAGCUUUGCUUCCACCUAAAGCAGAGUGGAUUCACAUUGAUUGGGGAUUGUUAGGGAAGGUUGACUGGCUGGAGCACACUGGGCUGGGAUAUGGUUUCCUAGGGGAACCCCCCAAGAGGUCAUAUGCCGUUCCCUCCACUUUGGAAAGGCUAGAAUCAAAGGCUCUCAAGUACCUAUUUUCUUCAAGGCCCAAAGCUGAGAAAUACUUCCCUACAGAGAAGCCUGUUUUAGUUUCUGGUGCUCCAGGAACUGGGCUAGCAAGUCACAGUAAUGAUAAACCCUAAGGCCAGGAAGAGGCCAAUUCUGGGAGAUGUUUUCCCUCCAGAAUCAUUUUAAGGAAUGCCCGUGCUGCCAGGGGUGUGUUUGGAGUUUGGGCUCCAUAUCCAGUGUAGGGCUAGAACAUUCUUUGAACUCACGUUCUCAAUGGCAGAGUCAUAACCUCACCUCUGGGACUAUUUCAGGCCAAGGAUCCCAUCCAGUUUCUCUUGACAUAAGGGACAGGGACAGAUAACCAAGAAAAUAGCUGCCCUUACACAAAUGGUUAGUUCUAGGAGAGAAACUGGAGGUCCUGUCCUCGGGCUGUGGAGACAUAGCUCCUCAGUUAGGCAGCUCCCGUGGGAACAAAGGAAUUCUUCAGCUGUGUCUCACUUUUUUAACACCAAUGGCUGUGGGAGAGGGAAAGGCUCAAGGCUCAGCUCCCAGCUUCCAUCUCCUCCCACAGCUGCCAUAUUUGAGAAGGGACCUGCUGAAUGUCUUUGCUGUCCCCUGGGCAUUAUUGAGGCCAGACUGAAGUCUGUUAUGCUGUUUGUAAGAACUAGUCAAAAGGAUGAGAAUUGGGGAAGGGAUUCAGGGGAAGUGACAGGGUGGCAGCCAAGUCUAGAAAAGUUUGAGAUUAAGAGGCAGGGUUGGAACAAAUUGGUUAACUUUGAUUGCCACUCACUGUGGUGCUUUUCACCUUUCCCUUGAAUUCUGCUUUGAAAAGAAUAAAUUUGUAUUUGUUUACUUUGGUUCCUCUGGUUAUACUAUCUGACUCUCUUAUUUGGGGGGUGGAAAGAGAAGGUGGACCAAGAAGCUUCAGAAGCAUUAUAAAAAAUAAGGCCACCAGGCUCAGUGCCUGUGCACGAUGGUUACAGCACCAGCCACAUACACUGAGGCUGGCAGGUUUGAACCUGGCCUGGCCCAGCUAAACAACAAUGGCAACUGCAACAAAAAAAUGGCCAGGCGUUGUGGUAGGUGCCUGUAGUCCGAGCUACUUGGGAGGCCGAGGCAAGAGAAUCGCUUAAGCCCAAGAGUUUGAGGUUGCUGUGAGCUGUGAUGCCACGGCCCUCUACCGAGGGUGACAAAGUGAAACUCUGUCUCAAAAAAAAAAAAAAACAUAAGGCCACCAGAUGAGUCUAACAUCUAUGGGAGAAAAACCAACACCCCCAUUGGUCCCAUCUGCUGCUUUUACCUGGACUGGUUGCCUCUCAAGCCUCCUACCCUUCCCCAAAUUAGCUAAUUAUCACCUCAUGGGAUGGAGCUCAGCAUAGCAAUGGCUUCUAAAUUCUAUCCUCAUCAAUCUGAGGAAUUUUUCACUAGUCUAAAGCAAUGUAAGAAAAAUCACGAUAAAAGGGCGGCACCUGUGGCUCAGUGGGUAUGGCGCCAGCCCCAUAUACCAAGGGUGGCAGGUUCGAGCCCUGCCCCAGCCAAACUGCAACAACAACAACAACAAAAAUAUCUGGGCCUUGUGGCAGGCGCCUGUAGUCCAAGCUAUUCAGGAGGCUGAGGCAAGAGAAUCGCCUAAGCCCAGGAGUUGGAGGUUGCUGUGAGCUGUGUGACACGACGGCACUCUACCUAGGGCGAUAAAGUGAGACUCUGUCUCUACAAAAAACAAACAAAAAAAGAAAAAUCGGAUCGGGACAAAAAAAAAAAAAGAAAAUUCAGGACAAUGCAGUGGCAGUUUCCAUAAAGUUACAUUUAUUUAAUUUAAAAUUUUUCCUUUAUUCUGAGAUUAUUUAAUUUAAAGAUUUUUCCUUUAUUCUGAGAUUAUGGCUAUAUACAUUUUGGGCGUAAAAAUGUCCCUGUGAAUUGAUGGUGAUAGUUCUUUUUAAAUGCCAUUUUCUGGCAAAAUAAAAUCCUAUAUGUCCCUCUUCCCUGCCACCAUUUUUUCUUUUCUCACCAAACUACAGCAGAACUGUGCAGUAGAAAUAUAACGCAAGCCACAUAUGUAAUUUUAAAUUUUAUAGCAACCAUAUUAAAAAGUAAAACAGGUAGAUUAAUUUUUUUUUCAGGUAGAUUAAUUUUAAUAAUAUACUUUU